CUUUUAUUCUUUUAAUUAUUCUCUUUUCAAGUUUACUUGCAUUAACUAUUACUGUUGAUGCUCGUAUUAAUAAUAAACCUUCUCGUUUUAAUAAACAUAUUAAUGCUAAACCUGCUCAUUUUAAUCAACAUGCUAAUGAUAAACAAAGAAUCUGCACAUUAACUGAAAUUAGCACUAAUACGAUAACCAUUACUAAGUCUUGUGAAUCUGUUCCAACACCAAUUCCUACAAGCUACGAUAAAAAUUAUGAUCAUUGUGAUGGUUGUAAAACAAAAAAAACUAUCACAGUUACACCUACAACUACUGAAUGCGCUACACCAACUCCGUCAUGUUGUCAAUCACGUGGUAGUCCAGGGUGGAAUGACUUAUUGAAUACUGGUGAUGGUAAUGGUUUGUCAGCAUAUUUAAACACCACUUCUACUCCGCAAGAGUGUUGUAUGAUUUGUAUCGCUGAUAAAACUUGUGUUAGUUGGUCAUGGUCGAAGGUGGAUAUUACCAGAAAUUGUUUUAUUACGGGUAAUGGAACUGGUAAUGCUUGUGUUGGAGCGACAGUGUCACCAAGCUCUCUUGGUUCUGAAGGUGGAACUGUUCGUUGUAGUAAUGGCAGUAAUUGUA